AUAGUGAGCCUUGAGGAUGGCAGCAGAAGCAGAAGCCAACCACGUCCAUUCCACGUUUGAGCUGGCAGAGAUAAAUGAUGGCAAACCAAAGUGUCGUCCCAGAAUCUUCCUCGAACCCAUACAAAGACACCCCAGUGUCAAGACAUAUGUGAUGAAGAAAGUGAGGAAAGCUUGCAGCUGCACUCCAGCUAGAGCCAAAGACCAGAUCACCAGUUUCCUCCCUGUGCUAAAGUGGCUCCCCAAGUACGAUUUGAAAGAGAACAUCUUGGGUGAUCUUAUGUCUGGUCUGAUUGUGGGAAUUUUGCUGGUUCCACAGUCCAUUGCUUAUUCCCUGCUGGCAGGCCAGGAACCCAUCUAUGGUCUUUACACGUCCUUUUUUGCAAGCAUUAUUUAUUUCCUGUUUGGAACAUCCCGUCACAUAUCUGUUGGCAUUUUUGGUGUACUCUGCCUGAUGAUAGGAGAAGUGGUAGAUCGUGAACUACACAGAGCUGGAUUUGAUUUGGAACCCAGUAUUCCUAGCAGUUAUCAUUCAGAUGUGAGUGUUUAUGUAGCUAACAGCACACUGGGGCCUGUGAACCAGACAUCCCAAGCGUUAUGUGAUAGAAGCUGCUAUGCAAUUACCAUUGGUGCCACUGUGACUUUCGUUGCUGGAGUUUAUCAGGUUGCCUUGGGCUUCUUCCAGGUGGGCUUUGUUUCUGUGUACCUCUCCGAUUCCUUGCUCAGUGGAUUUGUUACAGGAGCUUCCUUCACAAUCCUUACUUCCCAAGCCAAAUACCUCUUGGGCCUAGACAUUCCUCGGAGCAAUGGCAUCGGCUCUCUGAUAACCACUUGGAUAAACAUAUUCAGAAACAUCCACAAGACCAACAUCUGUGAUCUCUGCACUAGCUGCUUGUGCUUUCUUGUUCUCAUCCCAACAAAAGAGCUGAAUGAGCGGUUCAAAUCCAAACUCAAGGCACCCUUACCUGUCGAGCUGCUGGUGCUUGUGGCAGCUACACUAGCCUCUCAUUUUGGGAAACUGAAAGAGAAGUAUGGUUCAAGUAUAGCUGGGCACAUUCCAACUGGCUUUUUGCCACCGCAGCCACCUGACUGGACUAUGAUCCCCAGUGUGGCUAUGGAUGCAAUGGCCAUAGCCAUUAUUGGGUUUGCCAUCACUGUAUCUCUCUCUGAGAUGUUUGCCAAGAAGCACGGGUACACCGUUAAAGCCAACCAGGAAAUGUAUGCCAUUGGUUUCUGCAACAUCAUUCCCUCUUUUUUCCAUUGUUUCACUACCAGUGCUGCUCUUGCCAAGACGCUUGUCAAAGAGUCAACAGGCUGUAGGACUCAGAUUUCUGGUGUGGUGUCUGGUUUGGUCAUCUUGCUUGUCCUCCUUGUGAUUGCUCCGCUGUUCUUUUCCCUCCAAAAGUGUGUCCUAGCUGUUAUAACCAUUGUCAAUCUCAGAGGAGCCUUGAGGAAAUUCAGUGACCUGCCCAACAUGUGGCAAUUAAGCAAAGUAGACACUGUGAUCUGGGUAGUCACUAUGUUGUCCUCAGCAUUGUUAAGUACUGAACUUGGGCUUCUGAUUGGGGUUUGCUUCUCCAUGCUGUGCGUCAUUGUGCGGACCCAGAAAGCAGAAGGACAACUACUAGGCUGCGUGCCAAAAUCUGAAAUAUACGAACCCCUUCUUGCGUACAGGGACCUUCAGACAAUGCCAAGCAUCAGAGUUUUCCGUUUUGAAGCCCCUCUCUACUACGCUAAUAAAGAAACCUUCAAAUCCUUGCUAUACAAGGUGACUGGCGUCAACCCUUUGUGGGUGCUGGCAGCAAAGAGAAAGGCAGAAAAGCAAACAUUUUGUGAGGAAAUGGCCAAUUCUCAUGGAAACGAGGCGUCGUCGUCAGUGCAGCUUGUCGCUCAACCAUUUGAGUUCCAUACUAUAGUGAUUGACUGCUGUGCUGUGCAGUUCUUGGAUACAGCUGGGAUCCAAACACUCAAAGAGGUUCACAAAGAUUAUGGGGAAAUUGGUGUCCGGGUGCUGCUGGCUCAGUGCAAUCCUUCUGUGAGGGAUUCUCUAAACCGAGGGAGCUAUGCUAAAAAGGGAGAGAGAAAUCUCCUCUUUCACAGCGUGCAUCAAGCUGUGGAAUAUGCAUUAUCUGAUGGGCAGAACGGGUGCUAUGAUUCUGAAGCCUAG